UUAAAGCCAUAGAAAAUGGGCUCUACACCCAUCCCUCUUGUACACUCCCAUUCGACGAGCAAACCACGCACCAACAAAAAGAAGAAGAAGAUAACAAUUAAAACAAGAAAAGACUCUGGAGAAUUUCUUCUUUCUGACACUUACAAGAUGUCGAGAAAAGAAAAUGCAAAGGCACUCGGACCGCCGCCGGAGAAGCCCAGUUUUACCCGGAGAUGUAGUUUGCUCAGCCGUUACUUGAAGGAGAAGGGUAGUUUCGGGAAUAUAAAUCUUGGCUUGAUCCGAAAGCCUGACUCGGAUCUCGGGUUGCCCGGAUACUCCUGUCCACCAGGGAAACAAAAUGCUAUGCAAAAGGCAGUUUCGGAGACCAAAGCCCUCGAUGUCUUUCAGAGGGAUUCAAAAGCCGAACCGUCUCCACCAUCUGGAGGCAAAGCCGAAGAUACCAACCUCAGUAAACCAGGAUCAGACUCGGGAAGUUCCCAGUUGACCAUAUUCUUUGGAGGUCAAGUUUUAGUAUACAAUGAGUUCCCUGCAGACAAAGCCAAAGAGAUCAUGGAAGUAGCAAAGAAAGCCAAGCCUGUGACUGAGGUUAACAUUCAGACACAAAUCAAUGUCGAAAAUAACAACACCAACAACAUUCAGACGCAAAUCAAUGUCGAAAAUAACAACAACAACAAAAGCAACAUGGUUCUUCCGGAUCUUAACGAGCCCACAGAUUCUAUGGAUAUCAAUCCACAACAGCAACAAGAAAAUCAGGUCGUGGAACGUAUAGCACGUAGAGCUUCUCUUCAUCGAUUCUUUGCUAAACGGAAAGACAGAGCUGUGGCUAGAGCUCCAUACCAAGUUAACCAAAAUGGGGGACAUCAUCAUUAUCCUCCAAAGCCAGAGACUGCCCACGGUCAACCGCUUGAAUCGGGACAGUCGUCAAAACGACCGGAGAAUGCUGUUGCUCAAACCAUGUCCCACCCCAAACCAGAAGGCGAUAAAAACACUUCUAUAAAGAUUGAAGAAGAAGGCCAGUGUUCGAAAGAUCUGGAACUCAGGCUAUAGUAAAGCUUGCUCAACAUUUGAUAGGAACUGAGUUUUCAUAUUUAACGUUUCCAUCCUCGGACUCAUUUAAGUGUUUUUUUGCUUGUCCUCGUCUCCCUCAAGUAUGUAUACAUAAUUUGAGUUGAAUAUUUAUAAAAUGCAAUAGU